AACGAUGAAGAGAUCGAAAUUUGAGACAAUUUUGUUGACAAUAUUGUCGAUAAUAGUAGUGAUUGUUAUCUUAAACAUAGUUUUGAUGGGAUUUUGGACAUCAUUUGUCUUAAUAGUGAUGUUUUCAAUUGGUUUUCUAUCCAUUCAGUCAUUAGUCAAGAAGUCAUCUGAUUUGGCAAAUGUAUGGCUCAACAGUUGUGAUAAUAUCAGUGAAAAUAUUUGCAAGAAUUUGAUCGCAAAACUCUCGAAGACAUCACAUAUUUGUCUUAUUUGUGGUGAUAUCAGUUGCGAGAGACAUGACUCAAGACUUUCAGUAAAUGUAAAGCCAUUUAAAGGACUUAUGAUCGACAAGAAGAUCGAUGAGUCCAUCGAUGAGAUAUUAGAGCUGACACUCAACCGCUUUGUUAACCUUUAUUUAGAUGACAUCUCUAUCAAUGUUAAGCAAUUGAAUGUCCAGUUAAGACAUAUAUUGAGGACAUUGUUGGCCGCAAUUAUUCGCCGUUCACUUAAUGUCAAUAUUAGUGAUAUUUUAUUAGAAGAGUUGCCAAGAGUUUUGUGCCAUCAUUUAGAGACAUAUAUGGCCGGCAAAAGGUGUGCCAGAAAUGCUCAAUGUAUUGAAGAAUCAGUUCUUCGAGAAUACAGACAUAUGAUUCAUCCGGCAAUGAAUAGCAGAGAAGAGGAAAUAAAAUAUUUGCAGUCAAUUGUCGACAAAAUUCUGCCGCAUUUAUUGCCACCGAAGUAUAUGAACUGUAAAGUCGUCGACUGUUUCUUUAAAGAAGUAAUUGCUUGUUCCGUAUUGUUACCAAUGAUGGAUAUAUGUGGAGAUCCCGACAAAAUCAAUGAAUUAUUUAUUAUAUUAUUUGACAAAAACGAGUCGGCAGUCAAUUAUAACAGAAAUAAUUGUGAAAAUAUGGUCGAAAUAUUGGAUACAUUUGUCGGUGAAAACGAUGGCAAACUUGUGUCAAACAAUUUGGGCAUUGAUUUGAAACGUAUUCUUUCAGACCAACAGUUAUUGUUUUUGUUCCAACAGUUCUCUAAAGAGGAAGGAUUCAUAAAUUUGGUUCAAUUUAUACUUCAUAUCAAUUCUUUUAGUCAAAGAAUACUUAAUCCUGACUUAAAUGAAGAACAGCUAAAAAGUCUUCACAUUGAAGCCAUAAAUAUAUUUAAUUUAUAUUUUCUUCCAAAUAGUAUGGAUUAUAUUAAAUUUAGUGAUUAUAUCUAUAAUGGAUUUAAGUCUGUAAUCGAUGGAAAACCAGAAGAUGUUGAACGCUUGCGAACUACUGAACCCUUAUAUCACGCAUACGAUUAUAUCUAUAAUUUGUUAGAAACACAUUAUUGUCAACUAUUUCUUGAAAGUGAUCUUUAUUUUAAAUUAAUUUGUGGUCAACGAUGGACUAGCUUUGAAGGUCUAAGUCCUAAUAAAGUCAAGAAUAUAACCAAAACAUUGGAUUCACAUUCAGUUAGUAGUGACUCUAUUUCAUGGUAUAACCGUUUCGAUGGUAGUCAAGACUCUUUAGAUGAUGUAUUCAAUCAAAUAACACAAGAAUAUGAUAGUUCAUCACAAAUAAGAGCUGAAAUAAAUGGUUGGACAGAGUUCUCUAAUGCCGACAGAAUUAAAGACAUAAGUUCUUGGAGAGUAUCCGUUCCUAAAGUUAUUUCUCGAAUUGAUUCCACGAAUGGUCGGGAAUAUGAUGUCUUCUUAAUUAACAUUCAAAGACUUGAUUUAUGUGAAAAAGAGAUUGACAUGAGUUGGACUGUUGAGCGCAGAUAUAAUGAGUUUUAUGUACUCGAAUCAAAACUUAAGGAAUUUCACGGCGAGAAUCUGAGUGAGAUUUGUUUACCACCGAAGCGAUCGUUCAUCAAACUAAACAAACCAUUUAUGGAGUCUCGAAGACCUGAAAUGGAAAAAUUUAUUCAACAACUUAUGUCCAGUUCUCACCUUAAAGGCAGUGAACUCGUCUAUAAUUUUCUUAAAUCUGAAGAAGAAUUUACCACUGGAUUUCUUUCUGACAUCAGAUUUGGAAAAAUGAUUCGAACGGUUCCGGCAAAGUUUGCUAAAGAAAGGGGACAACAUUUAGAACCAUUUCUUCAAUCAUUUAUAGCAUCGACUGAACAAAUCAAACCAAAACCAUUACAGAAUGACAUCUCUGAGUUAUUGGAAUAUUCUCCUCAUGAGUUUGCAAUGACUAAUCUUCAUAGACCUCUUUACCAAUUCAUGGAUCAAUGGAAAGAAUCUGAGCAACAUUUUAAUUCAGAAAUUGAUCCCAAAAGAGUUCACUCUCAGUUGUUUUAUGUUUAUGAUUAUCUUUUAUUUUUAUUAAUGCGAUUUUAUAACAUUAAUGAAUUUAUUUUAAAAAUAUUGUUUACUUUGAGACCAGUUUUACGAAAAACAAUCCAAUCAUUUAGUGAAUGGUAUUUAAAGUGGAAACUAAAAAACUCAUUACUUAUACCACAACGUAUUGUUAAUUUGAUUUUCAUAUUAAGGAAUUCAUUAUAUUUUGAGAGUCAUUUACCACAGAGAACGAGCCAACAGAAGAAACAAAGAUCUCAAAUGACUUUAAAAUAUGCCAAAGAAUUUGUUCCAAAAUGGCUUAUUGUUAAUGUAUUGGGUAAAGACAAACACGAAGAAGUGGUUUAUUUGUUUUACUCUAUAUUUCAAUACCCGCUGCUUAACAAACAAUUAUUAUAUAUUAUUUUUGAUAUUAUUCUUAAACAUUUAUUUCCAGAAAUUUUAUUGUCAAAUAAUAUCAAUACUAGUCUCCAAUCUAAUAAUGCCAAUUGA